AUGGCUCAAAAACAUUGGAAAACUGCUGGAGUAGUUUCUCUUAUAGGAUUUUUAUGUUAUAUUAAUUCCUUAGAGGGCGAUUUUGUCUAUGAUGAUAGGUAAGGCUGAUAGCGCAUUAGCGCUUCGAGUCACGAACUCGAUGGAGAAAAUUGUAGCAAAUAAAAUUAUUUAUAAUUUAUAAAUAACUAUUGUCAACCAAUAUACUGUAUAUCACAUUAAAUGUGAUAUUAACGUUCAGUAUGAGUUAUAUUUGCCAUGUAUAGCGUUAUUCAAUCAAGUGUGAAAUAUACUGUGUGUGUUAACUGCCUUUGUCUCGGGCUGUGUGCUUACAUUGUUCAUUGUUUAAUACUGCAAAACUUUAUAUAGAAAUAAUAGAGUAUUUUUAUUUGCAUUACUUAAUAUCGGUUUGCAAUAUAUCUGAUAUUUCAAUUUCUGUUCUAAAAGUUUGUUCUUUAUUACAUGAAUUUGUGAGGCUUAUAUUCUUUUUGUGUAAUUAUUUUAGGUCGGAUAUUAGGCACAGCUCAGGCAAUGACCACCUGUUCAGCUCAUUUAGAUCAUGAAUAAUAAAAUAUCAACAUGUUGUAGGGCAUAUUUGGUUAUAGAUACAUGUCUUGCUGUUCAUCAAUGCCUGAACCUAUCUGUAAUCCUAACAAAAUCCUAAGCAAUAAGCAGCAUGGCACAAAUCCAUACCUCAAACUGGCAUUAAGCUCAUUGAAGCCGAUUGCUUUCAUGCAGACAACAGGAGCAACAAGCCUCUCUGAACAAUGCAUGGGCAACAACACUCAAAGGAGCCAAUUUAUAAGAUUGCGGUGUUCCUUAUAAGGUGCACUGCCUCUCUUUUCCACAUACUUCACAGGUGCAUGCCAGAAAUUCUCCCUAGUUGCAUCACCUUGUACGAGCAGAAACAAUUUCGUUAUGAGCUCAGCAACAUUGUAAACUAAGAAUGCCAGGUAAAAUGACCCAAGAGACACAUGAAUUGGAGGCUAAGACAGCCUCAGACAGACCAACUAUUAAAGUAUAAUCUAUAUUAACUAUUGUUGCCCCAUAACGUUACAAGCUAUUGUUAAAUUUUUUUCAGAUAAAUCAUGAAAGGAACUUAAUUGUUUAUACUGUCGGAAGCAAAAUAUUAUUUGUGCAUUUUUUAAUUUAGCCGAGCAAUUGUGGAAAAUACAGACAUUUUACCAAACACGCCUUGGUCAAAUCUUUUGAAAAAUGACUUCUGGGGGACGCCAUUAAAACACAGUGGUAGUCAUCGAUCAUAUCGUCCUGUGUGCAUCGCUUCAUUCCGUCUUAACUAUUAUAUUGCUGGUCUCAAACCAUGGGGCUACCAUCUGGUUAAUGUUCUACUCCAUUGUGUUGUCAGUCUGAUGGUCGUCCUUGUAGCACAUAUUGUUUUUAAAGAAAAUAUUACAGUUUCUGUUGCAGGAGUCUUGUUUGCUGUUCAUCCAAUUCACACUGGUAAUAAUAUUUAAAAUCAAUAUUUGUAUCAUAUUGUACCGUAUGCAAUUUUCAAGGCUCAUUUAACACUAGUUUAAAUAAAAUAAACUUAAUUUACCCAUUAACGCACAAUUAGACUCACCUCUUGAGGUUAAACUGAAAAUGUUAAACUGAAAAUGACGUUAAUAAAGUGGGCUGCAUUGCAGGUUAAUUAUAAAUCAUGCAAUAAAAUAAUUGAACUGAUAUUACUUAGUAGAUACAUAACAUAUUCCUAAAUGCUAUUCAAAACUUGAGUCAGGAGAUACUACUGUUGGUACUGUUCAAUUUUGGAAGUGAAGAUAGUACUGUAUGUACUGUUCAAUUUUGAGAUGAAGGCUAGAAUACACAUAUAUUUCAAAAUGUUGUGAAAAACGGCCGAAUGAAUAAAAUGCUGCGAGGUCACCAUAUUCGUGAAAUGGGCAUACGAGAAUAUUCCAAAAAUCAAAAUUAAUUGUAAUGUCACGUAAUUUUAAAUUUGUCUCUUUUGGCUCACACACUCUGAAACUCUAAAAUCAAGUAAAAGUAAACAUUUCAUCUCUAAGAGCCGAUUUACAUAAAGCAACUUUUGCCUAAAGGCCCACACAACCGGACGCGAUUCGGCAACGCGACGCGAAUUUUCAGUUUUCAAAACCAAAUAAACGGAUACAAAUUUUACAAGAUAUGCAGACCAAAUAGAUAAAAUUGCUUCGUGGUUUCUAAUAUUUGAAAAACAUUGAAAAAUAUUAAAGUUAAAUGUCAUUGAAAACUGAAAAGUCGCGUUGCCAAAUCGCGUCCGGUCUGUAUGGGCCUUAAAACUGUCGCAUACAACCUGCUUACAACUUGAGUUGUACUCUGCAAAUCAAGCACACAACUCGCCUAUAUACGUUGACGUAGAUGAGUUGUGUGCUUGAUUUACACAGUACAACAGUACAAGUUGUACGAAGGUUGCAUGCGACAGUUUUAGGCAAAAGUUGUGUACUAUAAAACAGCGUUAAUAUUUCCGUCUUAAAAUGCACCUCAGAGGUAUUUUGCAAAUUUUAAAGUCUAACGUCAGCUAGCGCGUGACAUUCUUGGUGCAUUACGCAAAAUUGAAGAAGGCAUAUUUGUAAAUUAUAGUAACCAAAAAUGCUUUUUAUUAUAUAAAGUAUAGUGCUUUAUGUACUAUUUAAAAAACGAGCGGGAGUGUUUUAUUAGGUUUAAAGCCACGAGCGCGCAGCGCGAGUGGCUUUAGACCUGAAACACGACCCGCGAGUUUUUUAAAUGACUUCAAAAACGUAUGCAUAAUAAGUCAAAUCUUUAUAUAAAAAUCUUUAUAUAAAAAUCUUUAUAUAAAAACCUUUAUAUAGUUUGCAUAACAAUGGUCUUUUGUUAAAGUGUUCUUUAGCUGGUAUAAAAACGUAUGCACGUGACUAAUUUCUUACUCAAGAUUGGAUAAUUGCUUCAUGAAUUAUUAAUGAGUUUUUGAAAGAGAUUUCGAGCACUGAUAAAAGUGAUAAUCUCACAUGUGAGAUUAUUCAUGAUAAUCUCACAUGUGAAAAUUAUCGCUUUUCUGUAAAAAAUAUCGCUUUUCAAAGACUGUCCUUUAUAUGAUAAACAGAAAAAUACAUGGGUGCUUGGAAAUACCAGAUUGGUCCAUUGUGAGGUCCAUAUCCGUACUACGCGAAGCGUGAGUUGCAAUGCGAUAUGUCAUUGUCAGAAUAAAUACUUUCAGAGGCAGUUGCUGGGUUGGUUGGUCGAGCCGAUGUUGGUGCGGGACUCUUUUACCUUGCUUCUUGGUUAAGUUAUCAUAAUGGAUGCCCCAACAGUGAUACCACCACCACAAGAUGGUCAUGGAUGUUCCUGAGUAUGGUGUUUGCAGCUCUCAGUAUGUUCACUAAGGAACAAGGAUUAACUGUGAUUGGCGUUUGCCUACUUUAUGACGUCAUUAUUAUAUCACGAAUACGGAUGAAGGAUUUCCCUCUGUCUAUGAAAAAGGUGAAAUAAAAUGUUUACAUAAUACACGACACAACACAACACUGGUCAAUUCAAGUCUGGAGAGAAGGAACUCGUUAAACUGUAAAAUAAGUCAUUUCACACAACUUUUCUUUAUCUUUUUUCGUUUUUGAGAUAUUUUAAAGCCCAAUAAUUGUUUUUGUUUGUGGAACCACCACGUAAAUUUAUUACUGCAAAGCUUUCGAUCCGUAAGCCCGGAUCUUCAUCAGUGCUAAUAAUAUAUAUAUACAUAUUAUUAGCACUGAUGAAGAUCCGGGCUUACGGAUCGAAAGCUUUGCAGUAAUAAAUUUACGUGGUGUUUCCACAAACAAAAACAAUUAUAUUUUAUCGCCAUGCAAACAUUCAAAGAACUUAUUUUAAAGCCCGUCCACACUUGCAAUUUUUGCUGCGAUUUCUAGUGCGAUUUUCUUCUUUUGAUGUAUGUGAACGAGUAGAUAAGUUAUGAAUGUUCCGAGUAUAUGUCUCACUGAUGUACCCUCAUCUGAACAUUCAUAAUUCAUCCACUUGUUCGCAUCCAUCAGGGGCCGGUUGUAUCAAGCCCGUUUAGCUUAAACGGUGGUUAAGCUCAAAAUAGAAAGCAAGUCUAUAGAUAUAUUCAGCAACCAAACUAAAAGUUUUGAACCUUAAUAGAACGAUAAUGUUUACAACUACAUAUUCAGUGCAGAAUAUUUAAGUUGACUGAUUCACGAGAGAGAAAAAAGUGUUAUUUAAUUUUGACUUAUCCACCGUUCAAGCUAAACGGGCUUGAUACAACCGGCCCCAGAAGAAGAAAAUCGCGGCAGAUAUUGCAAGUGUAAAGCUACGUUUACACGCUGCGAUUUGUCGGGCCGAUUUUGGUAAAUAAUCGAUACCCCCUCUUCGACAUUUAGCGAUUUAAACGUUCAGUUGAAGCUGUCCGCUCUCUCGCCUGUUUAUAUUAUAGUUUUCUGCGUGCGAAAAGUUUUCAACAAUUUUACAACGGAAGAAAAAUGGGAAGAAAAAUCUGUGUUUUGUUACAGAUUUUUCUCCCGAUUUUGUGAAUCGCAAGGUGCUGACGCGAGUACUCACGACAGUUUAUUUACAUACAGCGAGUAAAAUCGGCCCGACAAAUCGCAGCGUGUAAACGUACCUUAAACGGACCUCAAAGUUGUUUAAUAUGCAAAUGAAACAAAUCUAUGACGUCACAAGCUGGUAAAAUAUUUUCAAAGGCUAUGAUUACGAUUAGUAUCGAGAUACAUUUCACUACACUUUACAUGACGAAUCUUGGAACACGAGCGGAGCCGCUGAGCGAAGGUGCGGAGGAGAGAGCGCCAACGCCUUUAUGCUCACUGUUCAAAAUAGAUGAAAUCAUUUAAGUCUGUAUCAAUGAUUCCAUUGACUAAUAUCUGCCAAACAAAAAUACGAAGUUUUUUAGUCUUGUGGACUGUCAAAGAGUUACCCAGCUUGUGACGACAUCUUAUUUACACAUCAAAUAAAUUGAAAUAUCUUCUAACCAAAGAAAGAUAUAAACAUUUUCUAAGACGACUUAUUCUACAGUUUAAGGAGUUCUUUCAAUCUAAACAUAUUUAAAUUUUGUUGCCCAUAUAUUCUUUAACUUUGAUUUCAGGCAAAAGAAAAUGGACUUAUCCUAAGAAUCGCUGUACUUUUCACAACAGCUAGUAUCCUUCUGACGACUAGAAUGAUAUUAAUGAACAAUACUCCGCCAUCGUUUUCAAAAUCUGAUAACCCGGCGGCAAAUUCUGACAGCUUUAUAACAAGAACCCUAACGUUUUUAUAUCUUCCCGCCAUGAAUUUCUGGCUUUUAGUAUUUCCACAUACACUUUGCUUUGACUGGUCGAUGACAAGUAUUCCUUUGGUAGAAAGUUUAAACGACAUUAGAAAUCUGUUCUCGUUUGUUUUUUACGUGUCUUUUGUACUUUUUAUAACGCUCUGUCUCAAAGGUGUUUUACGACAAGAGAGUAAGACUGAAUUUGUAGUAAAACCAACAUCAAAAAACUUUAAAAACAACAUGAAAAAGUUUGGUGUAAGGAACAGAAGAAUCUUGCGAAAAACGAAUGGAAAUGUUGGACAUUCGUCUUUGAACAAUAGUUUAUCGAAUAACACAGUAAAAACUGGAGGAAAAAUAGACAAGAAUGAAGAUGUUAUUCAGACAAACAGUGUAAAAAGGAACAACUGUGCACUUGAUACGAACGAAAGAGCAGUUUUAUCACUGGCAUUCUUAGUGCUGCCUUUCAUCCCAGCAACAAACUUGUUCUUUUACGUCGGCUUUGUCAUUGCCGAACGUGUCUUGUAUAUCCCUAGUAUAGGCUUUUGUUUAUUAUUUGCGUACGGUUUUAGCAUGUUUUGGAAAUCUGGUGGAAAAUUUCUAAAACUUCUCCUUGCAAUGAUCACGUGCGUGUACCUCGUGUUGUUGUCGGCACGGACAGUUCGGAGGAACAUCGACUGGCGGUCGGACGAGAAUCUAUAUCGUUCGGGGAUUGCAGUAAACCCGAGCAAAGCUUGGAGUAACCUUGGUAAUAUCUUAAAACAACAAGGUAAAAUCACAGAGGCUGAAAAAGCGUAUAAGAAAUCUAUUGAACACAAGUGGAGUGCAGAUACUUGGUAUAAUUUAGGUUUAUUGUACCAGGGGCAGAAACAGUUCAGCGAAAGUGUGAAAUGUUAUGAACAAGCGAUUGAUUUGAGACCAAGGUUUGUGUUACCGUAUCUAAAUUUGGGAGUAGUUAUGGAAAACUUGAAGUACAAGGAAAAUGCUUUAGAUAUUUUAACUCAAGCAACAAAACUAAAUGGAGAAGGUAAUGAUUAUUGAUGCAGUUGAACUACUCGAAUACGAACACCAAGGGGCAGAAAUUCGUAAUAUAGAAAGUUGAUCAUAUUUAAGAGGUGUGCAUAUUGGAGAGGUGCUCAUAUGUUAGAGAGCUGAUUGUAUUAGAGAGGCGUCCGUAUUAGGGAGGUGUCCGUAUUAGAGGGGUUCCGUAUUAGAGAGGUGUCUGUAUUAGAGAGGUGUCUGUAUUAGAGAGGUGCCCGUAUUAGAGAGGUUCCGUAUUAGAGAAUCUGUAUUAGAGAGGUGUCUGUAUUAGAGAGGUGCCCGUAUUAGAGAGGUUCCGUAUUGGAGAAUCUGUAUUAGAGAGGUGUCUGUAUUAGAGAGGUGUCUGUAUAAGAGAGGUGCCCGUAUUAGAGAGGUUCCGUAUUAGAGAAUCUGCAUUAGAGAGGUGUCUGUAUUAGAGAGGUGUCUGUAUAAGAGAGGUGCCCGUAUUAGAGAGGUUCCGUAUUGGAGAAUCUGUAUUAGAGAGGUGUCUGUAUUUGAGAGGUGUCUGUAUUAGAGAGGUGCCCAUGUUAGAGAGGUGCCCGUAUUAGAGAGGUUCCGUAUUGGAGAAUCUGUAUUAGAGAGGUGUCUGUAUUAGAGAGGUGUCUGUAUAAGAGAGGUGCCCGUAUUAGAGAGGUUCCGUAUUAGAGAAUCUGCAUUAGAGAGGUGUCUGUAUUAGAGAGGUGUCUGUAUAAGAGAGGUGCCCGUAUUAGAGAGGUUCCGUAUUGGAGAAUCUGUAUUAGAGAGGUGUCUGUAUUUGAGAGGUGUCUGUAUUAGAGAGGUGCCCAUGUUAGAGAGGUGCCCGUAUUAGAGAGGUGCCAUAAAGGACAGGUUCGACAAGAAAUAGAGUAGAAUAGAAUAAAAUAGAACAACAAAGUAUAAUAGAACGAAAUAGAAUAGCAAAGAAUAGAUUAUAGAAGGGGAAAAAAGCAAUAACAUAGAACAGAACAAAACAAAACAAAACAAAACAAAACAAAACAAAACAAAACAAAACAGAAGGAAGAAUACAUCAUUUUAAAGUAUAAAGUCACAAAAUGGCAUCUGCUGUUUUUCAGGUCUAAAGAAUCCUAAACAGCACAGGUAUGGUGUAGCUGCAGCCAAAUAUCAUCGCGGAAGAAUAUUGGCAGAUAUGAAUCGAAUUCAUGAAGCGAUCGAAGUGUAUCGUGAGGCUGUAGAAACACGACCUGAUGAUUAUCCUCCACAUAGUUUGUACAACUUACUAGGUAUGACACAGAGCUCUAUUUGUAUAGGAGAAGCAUCGGGAAGUUGUCUGUUUUCGAACAAUUUAGAAACACUGCUUAGAACAGUGUCUUUGCAGGAUAUGUCAUAUAACAUUUUUACUCAUCCGGGUGAUUUGUGUUCUCAGCUUAUCCGUCUGAUUUCAUUUACUUAUGAUGCCAUGUGAAUUAGUUAUAUAUAAUUUUCCAGACACAGAGUGGUUUAGCUAAAUGAUAAGGCGACCGCUUAAUACGGUUCCGGCGCUGAUGCU